AUGCAGCAGUCUGCUAUAGAUGCUAUGUGUUCAAGGCCUGAUCUUAUUUCGACAACGAGGUUGAGAAAGUACACCGCUACAGUAACCCAGAUUCUUGGCUUAAAAUCUGGAGAGCUCGAGUGGCUGGGUAACCACCUUGGACACACCGUUGAAAUUCAUAAGGACUCGUAUCGCCUCCAUGAAUCAACUAUUGAAAUGGCCAAGGUUUCGAAAGUUCUCUUGGCAAUCAAAAGUGGAACAGCACGGAACUUCAAAGGAAAAUCAUUAGAUGAAAUAGAACUUGAUGAUGUAAAGCUACCAGAGGACAACAACGAUGACGGUAGUGAUGAUGAGUUUGGAGUUGGCAGUUUAGACAACAGCGGCGAGGAACGAAUGGAUGUAGCAGCAGUAUCUCAUGAGCCUUCCAGCAAAGAAAAAAAAGGGAAGAAGAGAAAACCACCCAAGUGUGACAAAAGGGAGAAAGAUUCAAAGAAGUGUAAAGUACAAGAACCGAAAGCUUCAAAAAGUCGUCCUAAACGAAAGAUCAAGAAAGUGACAAAUUAUGACAUGUCAGAAGAAACAUCACAAGACGAUUCUUUUCUAGAUGAGCAUUACGUAACUGAAUCAGAUGAUGAGUCAAUCACUGACUCAGGUCAUGAUAGUUUGCUGUCUGAAAAGUCAAAUACUAAAGUGUCAAAAUCAAAGAAAUCUUGGAUUAAAUGGUCCAAGGAAGAAAUACAUUUCCUACAGAUUGGUUUCCAACGAAACAUCAUGAAUGGCAGGGUUCCUCGUAAAGCAGAUGCUGAACGUGUCAUGGAUAAGUAUCCAACGUUGAAAAAGCGGACAUGGACACAAAUCAAAAGCAAGGUGCAAAAUCUGAUCAAACAAAAAGAUUCGAUUCGAGGUGCUCUUUUGGAAAAAGCUAAAGAUAAAAUGUAGUUUUUUGAGCUUCAGCUUUUAAUCUAGAAACCAAUCAUUGAUGUAGAGUUUGAUGUUCCUUUACCUACACUGGACCAUUUUUUUAUUGCAGUUGAACAGAUAAUGAUAUAGCAACGAUAUACAUAUGUAACGCAUUUACAUUCUAAAACAUUAGGUCAACUAUUUUGCGAAUUAAGGCUCAUCAUAGCUAAUGAAUCUAAUAACCAAUUGUGCAGGCAUGACACACCAAGUUGAAAUAUUUAUUUGAAGUGGCAUAAUGUUCUUAGGUCUAUUUUAGGAUUGUAAUCUGUGCAUGCAUGAAAUUUAUUAUCAAUUUGCAUUGUUUU